AUGUUUCUGUACAAAGUAGUGUUGAUUUUAACUUUCUUGAUUCAAUGUAGAGCAAUUCACCUAAGGAAAGGUUCAUAUAACGGUGUACAAUACCCUAAACAAUAUGCUAAAAACAACUUCUGUGCUGGCGGUAGGCCAGUGACAUUCCGAUUUCGUUAUGGAGCGUCCAUUCCAAAUUGUGAUCCGCCACUGGGGCCUAUCAAGGGUUGUGAGAUGAUAAAUAUAAAUAUCUAUACCUCACGUCCUUACCACUGUCCAAACAAGGGAUAUGUCAGUGGAUACUCAGCAGUUCCUAUGGAUAUACACGGAAGUGUUAUGGUAAAAUGUUGUAAAGCGCUAGGUGUCACAUAUAAUGAGAAAGAAUGCGUUCAGUAUUUUCGGGAGGAGGAUCCAAAACACCCGUCUCCAACUAAGCCUGGAUAUUAUCUAGUUGGAUCCACUCCUUUAUUUCUUCCUAAAGGAAAAGUUGGUUUUUACAACAAAGAAUGUAGAUUCCGCAGAAGCAAGGGCUUCCAUUUUUUAGCUUAUUAA